UCAAGAAAUACGAGUAUGUGCUGUUGUCUGUGUAGUGUGUUGUUCGAUUCAAUUGAAGUUAUUCUGGCAUUUAUUUCGAUAAUCUCAUAUUAGUCUUGUUUAUUAAAAAUAUUUAUGAGUUCUCAAAGAGGAAAUGUGAGUCGGACACGACCUCCGAAACAUAAAAAUGCCACUAAAUUUGAAAAUGAUAAAUAUAAUAAAAACAAAUUAACAGAGAGAUUAAAUAACAUGCAAUUUACAUCAUUAUGUUCAAAAUGUGAAUCUAUUAUUCAAUGGAAAAUUAAAUAUAAAAAAUACAAGCCUUUAACAGUGCCUGCGAAAUGUAUAAAAUGUCAAGAAAAAAAUGUCAAGUCAGCUUAUCAUACAGUAUGUUCAAAUUGUUGUGAAAGUCUAAAAAUAUGUGCUAAGUGUACUGAAAGUUUUGAAUAAAAAGGAUAUCAUUCAUAGCAAAUCUGUCACUCAACUAUAAAUAGUGUUUUUACUAUUUCUCAUUGUGAUUAGCCAUUAUCAUUUUUAUGCAAAUAAAAUGUAUAUUUUUCCGA